CCGCGUCUUCUCUCGACCAAAGCUGUCCUCAGAAACAUGCGCCAAGAACUACACCAUGCCUCGCCAACUCAUCGAUGUCGUUCUGGUUGGGCUGUUGCCCUUGACCAUACUCGUGCAUCUAUAUCUAGCCCCUUACACUAAGGUCGAGGAAUCGUUCAAUAUCCAAGCUAUCCACGAUACUUUGAUCCAUGGCAUUCCAACACGCAAUGUUGCCGCCUUCUUCAGGUCGCAUUAUGAUCACUUUACUUUUCCCGGACCUGUGCCUCGCACUUUCGUUGGUGCUGUCGUCAUGUCUGGCUUGACCAGACCUUUGCAGAUAAUCUCGAACAUGUUAUCGUCCGAAGGUCUGGAAAAGUUUACUUUCCAAAUUNNGCUGAAAGCCAGAGGAGUGCUUGGACUGCUGAAUGCAGCAGCUCUCAUUCAAUUCAAGCGUGCAAUCGACACAGCGUACGGCAAAGUGGCAGGAAGAUGGUACAUCGUUCUUCAAGCCUCUCAGUUCCAUGUCAUGUUCUAUGCGUCUCGCACCCUGCCCAACAUGUUUGCUUUCAGCAUCAGUAAGUCUCAGCCCAACCAUCAAGCACCUUCUCACGCUGACCAUGUUAGCNNAACCUUGGCGUUGUCCAGUCUCAUCUCUGCUCAGGCAAUUCCAGCACGCACACANAAAAGUGUCAAACGCAGGCGUUUGGCUCUCUACCUUCUCACUGCUUCAGGUAUCAUUUUCAGAUCAGAGAUAGCUAUUCUACUGGCUAUGCAGACUCUAUACUUGCUGCUCCAAGGUCGUACUUCUUUGGUCAACGAGGUAAUCCCCGCUGGCUUCUUUGGCGUGAUAAUCGGCCUUGGUGUCACUGUCUCAGUGGACUCUUACUUCUGGCAACGCUUCCCAUUGUGGCCGGAGUGGAUAGGCUUCGUCUACAACACUAUCCAAGGAAAAUCUUCUGACUGGGGUGUGAGUCCAUGGCAUUAUUACUUUGUCAAUGCUAUUCCUCGUCUCUUGCUGAAUCCGGUUACUUGGUCUCUUUGUAUUCCGCUCGCUCUGGUCAAUCGCGCAACCCGCAAGUCCAGCUUGGAUACAAUGAUACCUCUGCUCGCUUUUGUGGCCAUCUACAGCGUCUUGCCUCAUAAGGAGUGGCGCUUCAUCAUCUACAUCAUUCCUGGGUUCACUGGUGUAGCAGCUGCAGGCGCAUCCUGGAUUUGGACUCGCCGAUCCAAGACCCUUUUGUAUCGUCUUUUGAGUUUAGGUCUUGUUGGGUCAACCCUACUGUCUUUCACAGGUAGCUUGAGUUUGCUCUACAUUUCAAGCUUGAACUACCCUGGCGGCGAAGCUCUCACACGUCUUCACGAAAUCGUCCCAAGUGGUAGACAGGGUCAGACAUGGGUUUACAUGGACAACUUGGCCUGUCAGACUGGCGUCACACGUUUCUUGGAGAAAGAUGCAGGAUCGACAUUUAUGUACGACAAGACAGAGAACCAGACAACACUAUUGGACCCUAGCUUCUGGCAGAGAUUCGACUAUGUGCUUGCUGAAGAUCCCAAGCGCAUCAUCGGCAGCUGGGAGGUCAUUGACACUGUAUACGGAUACUCUGGAAUUGGUUUCGGUCAUUUGGCUGCAGACCAGGACAGUGCGCCUCCUCUUUCGGCACGCGGUGUUGUCACUCAGCCUCUGAACAUGCUGCUUCAGACGUAUAACGAGGUUGCACGAACGGCAAGCCAGAAGCUUACUGGCGGACGAUGGCCUAUCGUAAAGAUGGAACCAAAGAUCUACAUCCUAAAAUCACAA